GCUGGUGGCAUCAGAAAUCAGUCAACUCCAAAAGACAACAGAGUAACAAACUAGCACCACAAUGAAGAUAUUCGUCGCUAUCGCCCUUUUGGUCGCCGCGGUCGCCGCAGAGCCUCCGAGGUACCGUCAACAACAAAGACAAUACUAUUUUGCACGACAGCAAGAAGAAACUACUACUGCUGACGCACCUUACCCCGCGUCUAAUUGGAGGCCAGCUGGACCAGCCUUCAAUCUUCCUCAGAGAGCACCCCAACAACAAUACGGAGCACCUACUGCGCCUCAGCAACAAUACGGAGCACCUGCCGCACCUCAGCAACAAUACGGAGCACCUGCCGCACCUCAGCAACAAUACGGAGCACCUGCCGCACCUCAGCAACAAUACGGAGCACCCGCCGCACCUCAGCAGCAAUAUGGAGCACCGACUGCGCCUCAGCAGCAAUACGGAGCACCAGCGGUUCCACAACAACAAUACGGAGCACCACAAGAAGCCACCACCACUGAAGUACCAAACAGCACGGAAGUGGACGAAGCCACUACCGUCGCAAGUGUCACUGAGUCUGAGUCCGAGCCCGUGAACUCGGUAAACGAGCUCGAAGACGAAGACGUGGACGAACUUCCUCAGCAAUCCGGCGAGUACUACAUCGCCCUUCCCGACGGACGUCUUCAACGCGUGCAGUACGUCAGCCGUCAGAACCUGGAAGCCAUGAAGUACUUCGCCAAGAUUCGCGCCGAGAACGUGGAGCCUCUUCGUGGACCGAUCUACGCUUACUCUCCCCUCCAGAAGCUGCAGAUCCUGCCAGCUGGACUGCAAGUGUCCGUCGCUCCGGUCGCGCCGAUCACAGCUGCGUCUGCAGAAACGAAACCGCAAAAACUCGAAAUCAAGCCGGUCGCCACCCAAGUGCAAUACCAAUACGACAAUCCUGCCGGCGUGAUUCCUCUUCCCUCCAGCCCAUUGAGCUCCUCUUACACCACGUACACAACCAAUUACCAGGUGCCUGCCAGCGACCCGAGAUUCCUCGUGACCUUGCAGUAGGUCAACGGAAAUUACCAUUAUGUAUUUAUAUGUAUAAACCUAUGUAUUCUGACAAGGGCCCUGCCCUAAUUCAAUCCCCGUUAAGUCACUUGUACAUGCUGUGUAGAUAUAACGCGUCGAGUCAAUAUCGUAAUUGUAGAUUAGGGUUGACGUAACAAUAAAGCUGACGAU